AAUAAUAAUUGCACCACGGUGUUUACAUUUAUUGGUACAAUUACGUCAAAUGGUGAUACCGAAACGUCUUAACUUUUCGUUUCCUAGUACACCAUUUUCCGCCUUCGUUGUUCACGACACGGGGCUCUUGAGUCUGAGUGUCUGACCAUCCCGUCCCGUCCACCCGCCGCGCGGCAAGCCCGCGCCUCCAGGUCCAGGCUCCACACCUCCCCUUCCCGCCGCACCGCCAAUGGCUUCGCGCCUCCGCCUCGUCGGCUCGACCCCAAGCACAGACGCGGACUCCGCCCAGAACCCAGGCAUCUCCGGCAACGCAGCGGGGGAGGGGGAGGGGGAGCGACUGGGAGAGGCGAAGACGCCGGAGCCGCCGCGACAGGAGGUGACGGACCUUGGCGGCGGCAGCGAGGUGGUCUACAUCCCCCGGUUCGUGGCCCGGGAGAAGGCGUGGGGGUGGUUCGACUACCUCGACAAGUCCAUCCCCUGGACGCGCCCCGAAAUCCGCGUCUUCGGCCGCUCUGCCAAACAGCCUAGAGAUGUGUGCUAUGUUGCAGAUGAAGGGUUAACUGUUUUGAAAUAUAGUGGUCAUCAGCCUCAUGCACAUUCUUGGGAUGAAUUCCCCGUGCUCAAGGACAUCUUGAAGUUGGUCCAUGAAGCCCUUCCCGGGAGCUAUUUUAACAGCUUGCUCCUGAACAGAUACGAGACAGGUUCAGACUACGUUUCAUGGCAUGCUGAUGAUGAGCCCCUCUACGGACCGACUCCAGAGAUAGCAUCUGUCACCUUUGGGUGUGAACGCGACUUCUUACUUAGGAAGAAGCCUGCCAAAUCGCAAGCCAUUUCUGCAUCUGGAGAAGCUGGUCGAAAGCGGCUCAAGGUCGCUGCAUCUCAAAAGCAGCAUUCUUUUCUUCUGAAGCAUGGCUCGCUGCUUGUGAUGAGAGGCUACACCCAGCGGGACUGGCAGCACUCAGUUCCGAAGCGAGCCAAAGUGAGCUCACCGAGGAUCAAUCUGACUUUCAGGCAUGUGCUGUCCUAAACAGCCUUAGCUGGAAAGUUUUGUGAUUCUUGCUCACUUGAAUGUUUUGCGGCAAUGUAUGUAUGAUAUUAUGAACAUCACAUCAACUCAGUUCAUAUGUGGGCUUGUGUUUAGCACUACUCACUGAACAGUUGUGCCUAACAUGUUACGCAAGUUUUCUUGUUGCUGCACA